AUGCCUCGGCUCCUUUGUUUAUGUCUGCUGUGGCUCGGGCUCCUGCUGGUUCGGUUCUCCCGUGAACUGAAUGACAUCAGUAGAGCCAAGAAACUGUGCGGCAGGUACCUGGUGAAAGAAAUAGUAGAACUCUGUGGCCAUGAUAACUGGAGCCAGGUCCAUUUGGAGGAAGAAAUCCCUUUCCCACGGCUAAUUUCUGAGCCCUCGGAGAAGGUAGAAGCCUUCACUUCUGACCGGUUUGAGAGCCCCCGAGCCCAUUUCCUGGCCUGGGGGAGAGGCAGAAUCCCAGUGUCUACUUCUGUCUCUCGGGAAGAAGCAAUAAACAGUUGGGAGAUGCAGUCACUGCCUGGGUAUCAGUAUAAAAAGGUGAACUCACCCCUUGAUAAGACAAGAGACUUUUCCUCAUCACAUCUUGUCAAUCCACAUAUUCAUGAGAGUAUAAAAUUACAGAAGAAAAGUACAAACAAAAUUAAAACCUUGAACAAUUUGUUUUGGGGUAAUCAUCCCCAAAGAAAACGCAGAGGAUAUGCAGAAAAGUGUUGUCUUAGAGGAUGUACAAAAGAAGAACUUAGCAUUGCGUGUCUUCCAUAUAUUCAUUUCAAAAACUUAAAGCAGAAAGGAUCAUCACGUGUAACUGAGAUAUACUAA